AUGACGUCAUCAAAAGACAAUAGUGACGUCACCGUCAGUCUGGUAGAAGAUGAAAAAAAUAGUAAAAUGGAACGAAAGGAGUGUAAAGAGUUAACUGAGUUACCACCAAGUGGAACUUCCUUACAUAAGAGACGUAGGGGUGAGCCACCAGAAUCUUUGUCAGUAAAAUCUCCACAGACACCAUCCGAUGCUGAAGGGUCUUCGCCAUGUACAGCAGGACCCAGUCCACCUGAUGAAUUCUGGUUAUUAAAUGAUGGUGAAACACCAGACGCGGAAGCAUUUUGUGAAAGCAUGUUGCAAAGGCUUAAAGCCCAGAACGAUGCCAUUUCUAAACGAGGAAGGAAUGUAGCUCGAACAACAAAGGAUACGGUUGAAGCUAUGGAUCAGUUGGAGAAAUUAAUUGAACUGUUAGACCAGUUCGUUUCCCUGAAAGAACAGAAUGACCGUAUUUUAAGAAGACUAAAAGAUGUCAACCAUUUGAAGAGGCUGCAUUCGGCCCAUAAACGAAUAGACUUUGAGAAUGAGAAAGUGAAAUCGGAAAUUAAAGAAAUAGAGGAAAUUAAUGAAGCUCUGGACGCAGACUUCGAAUGUGAAUAUGGUCAGAUGCUGUUUGAUUCCAUGAUGAUGGGCAGCAGGAGUAUGAAGAGAUCUGGGUCUAAAUGGAAGUCUCAUGCAAGGUUUGGAGGUUCUUUGCUGCGAAAGCAGAGAUCUCGGUCUGCUGGGGGAGAUGAAAGUGAUGUUUCUCCAGGAACCCCGUUGAGAAGGAGAUCCGAAGGUAUAUUUUUGAAAGAAGUAGAGAAGUCUAAGGUUUCGAAGUGGACGAGAGUGAAAGCAGCGUUUAGAUGGGAGAACGCACAAUGGCCGGCAGUAGCUAUCGGUGGCGCUGCAAGUGCAGUUGCAGCUGGUGCGAUGGUUGGCGCCGUGGCUUUAGCCGGCUCCUCUCCAUCCAAUGCAACGUUGACCAAUCUUGAGCCAAGAGAUUCUGCCAGCUUGACACCAGGAAGCGCAAUAUCACUGACUCCUAACUCUUCGUGCGAGGAGCUCAGAGUGGAUACUGCAAGUAUCCGCAAGAGUACCAGAGAUGAUGGUGACAACACAUUCCUGCAUCUGCCUCCGCAAGACGAUAGCUCCACCUCGCCUUCGCCAAAUAAACUUCAUAAAAGCCCUUGGGGGAAGAUGCGCGACAUCAUCCAGACACACCGGGAGUCAGUCAAAAAGAAAACCAAUAGGGGCUCGAAGAGUUCUCCUGAUGUGGUACCAAAGAGACGAAGAUCCUUCAGCGAUGGUGGUGACAGUGACGCACCACCGCCAGCCCUGACUCUGACGAUACCAUCUUCUGAGGAACUUGAAUCAGAGCCCUCCCAUCCCGAGCUUCGUAAGCAGCUGUCCCUGGAGCUCGGAGGUCGUCCUCCGCAGCACCGCCCCCCUCGUGCCUCCAAGUGGACCAAGGUGAAACGGGCAUUUCUUACCUCCGCAUCUGCUUCGGUUCCCUCCAGCCCUAACAGGCAUUCUGCUUUCUUCACCGAUGCAGGUAUGUGCCUUUUUACUUUUUAA